AGCUCGACGCUGCACCCAUAUGCGCUAUUUUAUUUACAAGUAGAUUGUGAUCCACACGGUCGUCGGCAGCUUUCAGGUCGAGAUUUGCUACUAAACGCAAGCCAGAUGAAAAUUGAUUGUUGUUGGCCUCAAAGGAAACCAAUUGGCGUCAAUAAUCUGUCACACUAAGCGAUUGAUAGGAACGAAGCACGCAAACACCCACACACACACACGAUCAGCCCGCCGCCUACUGGAAGAUGCUGCUAUGAAGCAUCCAACGUUUCGGAUUAUAUUGGCCCUCGUAUCGCUGCAUCAUGUAACCGGAUCAAUACAAGUCGGUCGAAUCGGCACGAAUGACAACACGUUCAAGGCAUUGCCUCGACAUUUUUGGCACGAGAUUUCCUCCCCGUUCACCGAGCUGCCGGAUGAUGACCUUGAGGAGGAAUCGGAGGAGAGCACCACCCACGAUCCGUACCCGUUCUUCGACGAUGCAAACAUGACGGCCAACGUCACCACCCAGCUGGGUAACGACGUGUAUUUGCAUUGCCGGGUGAACGAUUUGCGGGAACGAACCGUAUCCUGGGUGCGCCGGAAAGGGGACGAGAUUCACCUAAUUACGGUCGGCCGCCACACGUACAGCAGCGACUCUCGGUACUCGUUGCAAUAUCAACCGCCCAAUAAUUGGCAGCUUCUGAUCCAGUACGCAAACGAACGAGACGAGGGCCAUUAUGAGUGUCAGAUUUCAUCCUAUCCGCCCCUGGUGUAUCUUGUUUAUCUUAUCGUUGUCGUACCGAAAGUGGAGAUUGUUGACGAAAGAGGUGUUGCGACCGUCGAUAAAUUUUACAAAGCCGGAAGCACUAUCGAGCUCAAGUGUAUCAUCAGUAAAGUUCCCCAGCCAACCAGUUACGUGACGUGGAAGCACGGCCUCCGGAUGCUGAAUUAUGACACCAGCAGGGGCGGAAUAAGCGUCAAAACGGACCUGCUGACAGGUGGCGCCAUGAGCCGCUUGUACAUUGCGAACGCCAAUCGGUACGAUUCCGGAAAUUACACCUGUGCACUGGCGGACAUCGCCCAGGCAACGGUGUCGGUCCAUGUUCUCAACGGUGAGAAUCCUGCCGCCAUGCAGCACGGCGGUUCCACGAAAUGGCGUCCAUUAACCAGCACGACGGCGACGUUGCUGCUGCUGGUGCUACUGGCCUGCAGCAGUGUCCGGUGA